GUUACACAGUGCAUCAUUGAGCAAGCACCGUCAGCGUGAGCAGUGCAGUCCACCCACCAAAUCUGCAAGGUCAAUAUUACCCCCUUCCUUAAGUCCAUCUCCUCACUGGCAAAAGCUAAUAAAGAAAACAGCCACUGCCUACUUAAACACAUUUCCAUCCGCUUCACAUCUGUCGGUGGUGGUGCUGCUGCUGCUGCUGUGCUGCUACUGCAACCUCUCUAAUCUUGUCCUGUGUUGAUUAUUCUUGGGCCAGAGCUGAAAUUACUCCAAAUGAGCAUGUUCGGCAGAGAUCCAUGGGGGGGUCCGCUGGAGAUAAACGCGGCUGACUCCGCCACAGAUGACGACCGGAGCAGGAAUCUCCAGGACUUGGACAGGGCUGCGCUGUCUCGCCCCUUGGAUGAGACCCAGCAGAGCUGGCUGCUCGGCCCCGGCGAGCAGAAGAAGAAGAAGUACGUUGAUCUGGGAUGCAUCAUUGUGAGCCGCAAGAUCUUUGUAUGGACAGUGGGGACCCUGCUGGUCUCAGGCUUGCUUGCCGGAUUCAUAACCCUAAUCGUGAAAACGGUUCCGCGUCAUCACCACGCGCACGGUCCGCCCGAUAACUACACUCUCGCCCUUCAUAAGGCCCUCAUGUUUUUCAAUGCUCAGCGUUCCGGGAAAAUGCCCAAGCAUAAUAAUGUGUCGUGGAGAGGGAACUCGUGCCUCCGAGAUGGCAAAUCGGAUCCCUCAACUUUGAUGAAGGAUCUGGUCGGCGGUUACUACGACGCUGGAGAUGCCAUCAAGUUCAACUUUCCUGCAUCUUUUGCCAUGACCAUGUUGAGCUGGAGCGUAAUUGAGUACAGUGCUAAAUAUGAGGCUGCCGGGGAGCUCAAUCAUGUUAAAGAGAUCAUCAAAUGGGGUACUGAUUAUUUUCUCAAGACCUUCAACAAUUCUGCUGAUACCAUAGACAGGGUUGCAGCGCAGGUUGGGGUGGGAGAUACAUCCGGAGGCAGUACAAACCCAAAUGAUCAUUAUUGCUGGAUGCGCCCUGAGGACAUUGAUUACCCUCGUCCUGUCUAUGAAUGUCACAGCUGCUCCGAUCUUGCUGCUGAAAUGGCUGCUGCUUUGGCUUCUGCUUCCAUCGUUUUCAAAGACAACAAGGCAUACUCCCAAAAGCUUGUCCAUGGUGCCCGGACCCUCUUUGAGUUUGCAAGGGAUCAGCGAGGCAGAUACAGUGCUGGUGGUUCUGAUGCCGCCAUCUUUUAUAAUUCCUCCAGUUACUGGGAUGAGUUCGUUUGGGGUGGAGCCUGGUUAUACUAUGCCACCGGGAACUCUUCCUAUCUUCAGUUAGCUACUCAUCCUAAACUUGCCAAGCAUGCUGGUGCUUUCUGGGGAGGCCCAGAUUAUGGUGUUCUUAGCUGGGAUAACAAGCUAGCUGGUGCUCAGGUGCUUCUGAGCCGGUUGAGAUUGUUUUUGAGUCCUGGAUAUCCAUAUGAGGAAAUAUUGAGAACAUUCCACAAUCAGACCAGCAUAGUUAUGUGCUCAUUCCUUCCAGUUUUCACUAGCUUUAACAGAACAAAAGGAGGUUUGAUCCAGCUAAACCAUGGAAGGCCUCAGCCUCUACAAUAUGUUGUCAAUGCAGCCUUCUUAGCCACCCUAUACAGUGAUUAUCUUGAUGCUGCCGAUACACCUGGAUGGUAUUGUGGUCCCAAUUUCUAUUCAACUGAUGUCUUGCGGGACUUUGCCAAAACCCAGAUUGAUUACAUCCUAGGAAAAAAUCCACGGAAAAUGAGCUAUAUUGUGGGUUUUGGUAACCAUUACCCAAGACAUGUUCACCAUAGAGGUGCUUCUAUCCCUAAGAAUAAGAUCAAAUAUAACUGUAAAGGGGGAUGGAAAUGGAGAGAUACCACAAAGCCAAACCCUAAUACACUUGUUGGAGCCAUGGUUGCUGGACCUGACAAGCAUGAUGGAUUUCAUGACGUUCGCACCAACUACAACUACACAGAACCAACUCUUGCAGGCAACGCGGGUUUGGUUGCUGCACUCGUGGCAUUGUCUGGUGACAAGUCAACUGGGAUUGACAAGAAUACCAUUUUUUCUGCAGUUCCACCAAUGUUUCCCACACCGCCACCACCUCCAGCACCUUGGAAGCCAUAAAGAUAUUUUAGAUCUGUCCUCGUUUACGCUUUGUUGUGUGACCUACAGGAUGAUUUUGGAAGUAGUUUUUGGUACCCUGAUGGCCUUGAGAGGGAAGGUAAUGCAAAAGGCAAGAAAGGGGAGACAAGAAAGGGAACAACCUACAGGCAGAACUUAUGUUUGGUUGUCAGGUUGCAGAAUCGGCCCAGCAUUCAGAACUGAUAGUUGGAAUAUGAAGUCUCUUUGGAUUUCGUGGUAUACAGUGUAUAUGUAUGAUAUCAAUAUUGUAUUCUUUGAAACACGAGUUAAAAACUCCAGAAUUGGUUAACAAUAAAUCUGUGUUUAAUUUCUAAUUCCUGCAGUUUUUCGGGGAUAAGGAUCUUGCAAUAGUUGUUGGCAUUUAUGUGAUUUUCGUCUUAAGUUAGUAUUUCAUACAAACUGAACUGGAAGUGUCCUGGAAUCGAGAAGCCAUCCAUCUUGUCA